ACUGCAAAUGUGGCUUCACAUAACAACUUUUCCUUCCAACUUCAUUCCUCUCUCGCUUUGAUUUUAGAUAUAAAACAAGCAGUUUACAGUCAUCUCACCGAGGAAAGGCUAUUAAACCUGUUCCAAUACUUGGAAUGUCCUCUUCUUGGGACAAUAUGCCAAAUGGGCCAAACUGGUAUUUGUAUCGACAAAAAAGAGCUUCACCUGUUGAGCAUCUAUCUGACAAAACGAUUGUCAGUUAUAGAACAGGAGGCAUCAUCCGUACUAGGUCGACAUGUGUUGUUAACCAGCCCUGUACAGUUAAGACAAAUUCUUUACGAAGAGCUGAAAUUAGACGAGAAAAUACCAGAUAACAUGUCUCGGACAGCAGCUAAACGGGAAAAGAGCACAUCUGAGGCAUGUUUGUUAAAACUAACAGAACUUCAUCCUCUUCCUCGAAUCAUUCUGGCUCAUCGCAGGAUAAGUAAAUUGAAAUCAACGUAUGUGGAUGGGUUGCAUCAGUACAUGAAGUUUGGAAAACUGUACCCCUCUUGGGACCAAACAUCCGCAGCUACAGGCCGUUUGGCUGCUUUCAACCCUAACGUUCAGGCAUUUCCUAAAGACGUUAUUGAAAACAAUGUGGACGAUGAACAGAGCAGUCAUUCUGUAAGAGAAAUUAUCGUACCCUCCCUGGGAUGCCAGUUUGUCGCAGUGGAUUUCUGUUCUAUCGAGAUGAGAAUUCUUGCCCAUUUUGCUAAAGACCAGGAACUAAUUGAGAUGUUUAAAAGUUCCGACGACAUUUUCACUACUCUAACUGCCUCCUGGAAGAGUAUUCCAUCGGAGAGUGUCUCUAAUGUUGAGAGGAACAAAACUAAGCGUGUUUGUUAUGCUAUUAUCUAUGGUGUCGGAAUUCCUAAGCUAUCCCAAAUACUAAAAGUUUCACUAUCAGAGGCUAAGAUGUUGAUGAGCAGUUUUCUUGCAAAGUUUCAGAACAUAUCCAAGUUCACAAACGCUGUCAUCAAAAGGGCCAGAGGUACCAAAAAACUGCGGACAAUUCUGAAUCGUUUAAGACAUUUUCCAGAUAUCAACCAAAGCAAUUUUGCCCUGAGAAAGUCUAUUGAAAGACAAGCGGUGAACUUUGUCAUCCAAGGUUCUGCAGCUGACAUCUGCAAGGUCUCAAUGCUGAAACUCUCUGACUAUCUCAAAUCUAACAAUCAAGUAAAUGCUCAACUUCUCAUCCAGAUUCAUGACGAGCUACUUUAUGAAGUUUAUCACGAGAACGUGGAUCAGUUUGCACGUGUCAUUUAUCAAAUGUUAGAGUCGUCCGAGUUUACGAGUGAAAUCCACCUUUCCGUUCCCUUGAAAGUUAAGGUGGAGGUCGGUGAAUCGUGGGGGAAAAUGGCAGAAUUUUCUAAUCUUUGA